AAAUGUUGUGAAAAACUGCAGUAUGGGGACUGAUGAGUCGGGUUUAUGAUGUCCUUUCCCGUAGGUCGCCGAAGCCCCGAAAUCGCCAAACCCCGACCACUGCGGCGAUCACUGUUCCGCUUUAUUCCAGCGUCGGCGACCUUGCGUCUUUGAGGCCGGAUCUACAAUACGUAUGGUAGUGGUCGCACGGGCAAUCACAUGCGCCGCAUCACGGCGAUACAUUGUCAAGAGAAUACACAGGUAUGCCUACUUAUAGAAGUCUUGUCCACCAAGUUUCCCCUGUAUGUAACCUCAUAACCCUUGUCUCCAUAUCAAGGCACCUCCUCAUCAACUUCCCUGCCAUGGCACCUAAUGCGGAAUUCAUGCCCUUGCACAACAUUUGCGAGUGGUUGAAUGCGCUGCACGUGUAUACCGACGAAGCUCGCAACGGGAAGACAAGAGCGCUAGAGGCGCAUCACUAUUGCUCUCACGUUCGCAAGAAUCUCCGGCAAUGUCUCAUCUAUGACUCCGGACGCCAAGAUGCUCGUCUGAUCGGUGUAGAGUACAUGGUUCCAAAGCAAGUCUACGAGAAGCUGGACGCGGAGGAACAGAAGCUCUGGCAUUCCCACGAGUUCGAAGUUGUUUCGGGAAUGCUUGCGGUCCAAAAACUGGGAGACCAGCUGCACGAUAAGUGGGAGGAGCUCGAGACGUAGGCGAUACAUGAGGUUGUCGGCUUAUGUGGCAAGACUUGGCACUUUUGGCAGGUCGAUAAAGAAGACGAGCUGCACCCCACGCUCAUGGGCUCCUUGACAUCGCAUAGCCAGAUUCCAAAUCUCAAGGAAGCCAUUGCACCACGUGAUCGCGAGUACGACGUUGACCACCAACGAAAGGCGGAGCUUAGAAAAGUUGCUGGCGUGACAGGGCCUGGUGUCCACCCCAAUGCUGACUCGUGGUGGAAAGAAGCAGGGAUGGAAAGAUAGUGACACCCUCGAUCCUUUGGCAGAUGCCGCUCGGAUAUAGAUAUAUAGAUGUACCCUUAGAAAUAUACCUAGGAAUGUAGUCCUACACCAAGCUCUCUCAACGUCGACGCCUUUGCAA